AUGUUGGCAGCGGGCGAUUUCUUAAAGAAGCACACGAAGAGUUGUGUGGGGGCGGUCUCCCGCUUUCCAGUAUGUUGCCGCAGCGAAAUAAAGCGCGCUACGAUCGCGAAGAUAACCCCAACUUUACCCUCCGGCCUUGACCAGCUUCGCCGGAGGAGCACGGCGGGGGUGGAAGUCAAAUGUCAGAGGGUGACCCCGCCCUCAGCAGUAACGGCCGUGCGCGAGACUGAGGCGCCAAGUUCGAAAUGUGAAUCCGCCAUGAGCCGGCAGCUCUUCGUUACGGAAGAAGAUUUUCGGAGGGCUCUUGAUAGAUUUUUCUGCAUUCCCACAAAAGUUUAUAGAUCUUCUACAGCAGUGCAUCCAAGAGGAGAGCAAAGAUGUUCCAAGGCUCGGAUGCAAUGGCAGCAACAACUUGAACAGCAGAGGAAGGAGUUGGAAUCCGAUUACAGGAGAAGCCUUCAGCAAUUACAGAACAGCCUAGCAGAGCUAGAGACUAUAAACCAACAGCUUAUUGAAAGGCAAUACAAAGCAGAAUGUGUCACCCAAGAAAUGAAAGCAAAACUUUCAGACUCAGAAGAUGAGUGCUACAAAGCAAAGCAAGAAGCCCAAUCAUUGCGUCAGGAGAACUCCAUAGUUGAUACAGAAUGCCAUGAAAAGGACAAGUUGGUUAAUAAGCUGCAAACUCGUGUUGCUGUUUUCAAGCAAGAGAUCAAAGACAAGAACCAGUUGCUUACUAGAACUUAGGAAGUAUUGGAAGCAACUCGGCAACAAAAGGUAUCAUUUGAAGAAAACUCUGGGGGAAAAAAACAAGUUCAAGUGGAAAAACUGGAAGCUACUGUGAAAUCUCUGUCUGAAGAGCUGCUUAAGGCUCAUUAAAUUAUUAAAAAGUUACAAGGGGAUACAAAAACACUAAUGAGGAAGCUGAAAGUAAAAAAUACAGUCACAGCACAACAAGAAGAGCCGCUUUCAGAGAAAGGAAAACAAUUGCAGGAGCAACAGAGAGAGCUACAGGAAGCUCAACAGAAAUUGCAAAUGCAAGAGGAGGAGGUAAGGCUCCAAAGGUGUCCAUAUGUCGCUUCAAUUUGA